AUGCUGGAAAUAUCACCAUGGGAAACACUGGUCAAACUACUAACCGACUCACUACUCAACUGUACUGGAACACAUGAAGACGUGCCUCAUUCGAAGAAUUUUCUCAGAUCUCUGACAACCACCUACAUUGCUUCGUUGGCAGUGGCAACAGCAGUGACAGUGGGUACAGUAUGCCUCGCAGUACUUCAUCUUGCCUACAUUUCAUUUUAUAUCACACAUUCAAACAGACGUCUUCUGAUUGUACUUCUGGCAUGUACUGCGCCGCUCGUCUCGAUUCUUGCCCUUGUCGCCAUGUACAUGCCACGUGUCUGGUUCUUGUCUCAUCUACUCUCGUUCCUCUAUUUUUCCUUCGCUCUCUGGGUCAUCAUCUGUCUUCUUUUGCACAUUUUUGAUGGGCAUCAUGCCCUUGUAACAAAAAUGAUGCAGAGGUUACAGUAUGUCGAAAUAGCAACACCUCCAUUUUGUUGUCUAUUUCCAUGUCUUCCGAAAGUCCGAUUGGAAGGAAAAAAGAUUCGAUUGUGUGAGUUGAUGGUCCUUCAAGCGCCGAUCGUUCGAUUGUUUGCCACUCUGGUCUCAUUAAUCAUAUAUUUCGAAUAUCAAGAUCAAGGCCUAGUUCCUCUCAAAGUUUUGGACUUUAUAACUCUUCCAUCUCUUUUGGCUGGAAUCUACGGUACACAUAUGCUGGUGACUACUGUUUCGAGAAUGGAUGAACUGGUAUCGUACAGAUACGUUGUCGUAUUCCGAAUUCUCGAUAUUUUCUUCAUGGUUUUCGGUCUUCAACAGCCAGUUUUCGAUUUUCUCGCCAGAUACGGUGCAUUCGGGUGUGGUACAGUACUUCCGGCGAUUGAGACUUCUUUCUAUUGGAAGAACUUCUUCACAGUAAUGGAAGCAUUCUGUGUGACAUUAAUAAGUACUGUCCUUUUGCAACCAUCGAAAUCAUCAUUUUUCGACAAACAUCCGAGUUGCCGGUCGAUGAGCUCAGCGCGGAGCACAAUAACCGAAGUGGAUACCGACGAGUCGACGACUUGA